CCGAUACUAAGUCUAAGUCAAUGUCUUCUUCACACAGCUAUUCAAUGCCAAAACAACUUAUUUUGUUAAAAGACUCUUUCACAUAGUUCCAUGUAGAUAGUUUUCUUCAUACAUACACCUCGAGAGAGAGAAAUCUAAUCUCAAGAAAAAUGCCGGUUAGUGAGAUGAUGGCAGGAGCUGCUCUUGGACUUGCUCUCCAAGUCCUUCACGACGCCAUCAAAAGAGCAAAAGAUAGAUCUUUAACCACGAGAUGCAUCUUGGACCGUCUCGACGCGACAAUCUUUAGGAUCACUCCUUUGGUGGCUCAAGUCGAUAAGCUCAGUGAAGAAGUGGAAGAUUCUCCGAGGAAAGUCAUCGAAGAUCUUAAGCAUCUCCUUGAAAAGGCUGUUUCUCUUGUCGAGGCUUAUGCGGAGCUCAGACGCAGAAACUUACUCCAGAAAUAUAGGUACAAGAGAAGAAUCAAAGAGUUAGAAGCUUCAUUAAGAUGGAUGGUAGAUGUGGAUGUUCAGGUGAAUCAAUGGCUAGAUAUCAAAGAACUCAUGGCCAAGAUGUCUGAAAUGAACACUAAACUUGACGAAAUCACGCGUCAACCAUCAGAUUGUCCUUGUUUCAAGAAGAAACACAGCAUAUCAGAAAGUACUGAUCAAAAUAUAGUUGAAUCAUUAGGCCCAUCUUCAGAGGAAGUUGAUGAAUGUUCGAGUGAUGGAUCUAAACCGAAGUUUGAUAUUCACCUUCAAUGGAGAUCAAGAAAACAGAACAAAGAUCGUGAGAUCCGGUUCACCUUAAAGUGAUGAUUCUUGAUUUAACCAAUUGUUUCAUAGGCAAACAGAAUAAAUGAUCAAAUGUGGUGUAAUAGGAUUAGUUUAAAUAUGUGUAGUAGAUUCGAAAUGGGAUCAUUUACACAAAUAAUUUGUAGAAUUUUACUUUGUUCCUCAAAUCUAAUCAAUGUCAUUUAAUCUGUAUUAAAUGUAUAGACUUCUCUUU